GAUGGAGUCUGCCUGUGCUGACUUGGAACCUCAAAGUGUGUGAUCACCAAACUGAGGCUGAGAGAGAGGGGACUUACCCAGAGUUACUCAGCUAGUCAGUGGCAGACAACAGUGGAACUUGUGAUUAUUUGAACUCCAGAAGGACCAACACCAGAUAAAUUAUGAAUGUUGAACAAGAUGACCUUACAUCCACAGCAGAUAAUGAUAGGUCCUAGGUUGAACAGGGCCUUAUUUGACCCCCUGCUUGUGGUGCUGCUGGCUCUUCAGCUUCUUGUGGUGGCUGGUCUGGUGCGGGCUCAAACCUGCCCUUCCAUCUGCUCCUGCAGCAACCAGUUCAGCAAGGUGAUCUGCGUGCGGAAAAACCUACGUGAGGUUCCAGAUGGCAUCUCCACCAACACCCGGCUGCUGAACCUCCAUGAGAACCAAAUCCAGAUCAUCAAAGUGAACAGCUUCAAGCACUUGAGGCACCUGGAAAUCCUACAGUUGAGUAGGAAUCAUAUCAGAACAAUUGAAAUUGGGGCCUUCAAUGGUCUGGCAAACCUCAACACCCUGGAACUCUUUGACAAUCGUCUUACGACCAUCCCAAAUGGAGCUUUUGUAUAUUUGUCUAAACUGAAGGAGCUCUGGUUGCGAAACAACCCCAUCGAAAGCAUCCCUUCUUAUGCUUUUAACAGAAUCCCUUCUUUGCGCCGGCUAGACUUAGGGGAAUUAAAAAGGCUUUCGUAUAUCUCAGAAGGUGCCUUUGAAGGUCUGUCCAACUUGAGGUAUUUGAACCUUGCCAUGUGCAACCUCCGAGAAAUCCCUAACCUCACGCCGCUCAUAAAACUAGAUGAGCUGGAUCUUUCUGGGAAUCAUCUGUCUGCCAUCAGGCCUGGCUCUUUCCAGGGGUUGAUGCACCUUCAAAAACUGUGGAUGAUACAGUCCCAGAUUCAAGUGAUUGAACGGAAUGCCUUUGAUAACCUUCAGUCACUGGUGGAGAUCAACCUGGCACACAACAAUCUAACAUUACUGCCUCAUGACCUCUUCACACCCUUGCAUCAUCUAGAACGGAUACACUUACAUCACAACCCCUGGAACUGUAACUGUGACAUACUGUGGCUCAGCUGGUGGAUAAAAGACAUGGCCCCCUCCAACACAGCUUGCUGUGCCCGGUGUAACACCCCUCCCAAUCUGAAAGGGAGGUACAUUGGGGAGCUUGACCAGAAUUAUUUCACAUGCUAUGCUCCUGUCAUUGUGGAGCCCCCAGCAGACCUCAAUGUCACUGAAGGCAUGGCAGCUGAGCUGAAAUGUCGGGCCUCCACGUCCCUGACUUCUGUAUCUUGGAUUACUCCAAACGGAACAGUCAUGACACAUGGGGCGUACAAAGUGCGGAUAGCCGUGCUCAGCGAUGGCACGUUAAACUUCACGAAUGUAACCGUGCAAGAUACAGGCAUGUACACGUGUAUGGUGAGUAAUUCUGUUGGAAAUACCACUGCUUCGGCUACCCUGAAUGUUACUGCAGCAAACACUACUCCCUUCUCGUACUUUUCAACCGUCACAGUAGAGACUAUGGAACCUUCUCAGGAUGAGGCAAGGACCACAGAUAACAAUGUGGGUCCCACUCCGGUGAUCGACUGGGAGACCACCAACGUGACCACCUCUCUCAUGCCACAGAGCACAAGGUCAACAGAAAAAACAUUCACCAUCCCCGUGACUGAUGUAAACAGUGGGAUCCCAGGAAUCGAUGAAGUCAUGAAGACUACCAAAAUCAUCAUUGGCUGUUUUGUGGCCAUCACGCUCAUGGCUGCAGUGAUGCUGGUCAUUUUCUACAAGAUGAGGAAGCAGCACCAUCGGCAAAACCAUCAUGCCCCAACGAGGACUGUUGAAAUCAUUAAUGUGGAUGAUGAGAUUACAGGAGACACACCCAUGGAAAGCCACCUGCCCAUGCCUGCUAUUGAGCAUGAGCACCUAAACCACUACAACUCUUACAAAUCUCCCUUCAACCACACAACUACAGUUAACACAAUAAAUUCAAUACACAGUUCAGUGCAUGAACCGUUAUUGAUCCGAAUGAACUCUAAAGACAAUGUCCAAGAGACUCAAAUCUAA